UCCCGUGUUUAAGAAGGAUGAAUUCAAACUGGAACAGGUUGUCAGAAUUACAAGACAAUAAGAAAGUAGUGAUGGAAUCGUUGGAUACGGGGUCUAAAGCAAAGAAAACUCUAGGAAACGUUGACUAUGUAGAGUCAUCAGAAUUUUCCCAAGGAAUUCUACCUACAAAUAAGGAUGUCAUUCAGAACAUGUUGUAUCUGUUGCAACCCAAAAGAGCUGGGCAAGCACAACGGUCAAAAGAAGAUGCAGCCCAAUUGCUUGCUGAACUUCUGCAGGAACACUGGUUGUUUUGCAACUUACACACCAUAGCAACAAAAAAUAUAAAAAAGAAUAUUCUCAAAAUGUAUGAGGAAUUCACAAAACUCUAUCAAACCAGAAAGCAGAGACAAAAUCAGUCAUUUACAGAGAAGGCAGACACAUUCAACAGGAGUUCAGAACAGCUCUUUGACAUAUUUUGUACAGACACAGUGAUAAGAAAUGAGCUGGAACAAUACAGUGGUAUAAAAAUGACAGACGUUGAGUGGAAAUUUCUUGAAAACCAAAGAAGUGAAAGAAAAAUGUACCAUAAAGAUUUCAUGGACAAGAAAGAAAUUAAGAUGAUGGAAAGAAGAAAACUACAGUGCCUGGAGCACUUGAGAAAAAUUGCAGAAAAAAAAGAAGCAAGUGAAGUCAAAGAAGAGACUUACGAAACUGAUGAGAAGUCAGAUGAAGGUGCUUGCAAUCCCAUCUGCACUCCAACAUCAGAGGGCACCACUGAGUCUGCACCGGUAGCAGCAGCUAAACCUGUGCAAGAGGCCCAGCAGGAGCCUGAAAUACAACCAAGUGCACCAGCGGAAAGCAGUUCACAAACAGAAACAACCCCAUCAUCUACAUCGCUUCCAGAGGGACCAAGCCCAAGUCCACAAUCCAGUGAGGAACUGAUGUUCCCUUAAUGCUGGAGACAAUUCCAGGCAGAGC